AUGUGGAGCAAGGUACUUUUGCUUUUAGUGAAGACGAAGACCGCUGCUAUGGAAGAGGUCGAGGCAUCAUGCAUGGUCCUCGGGCGGCCGUAAAUUCAUCAUUGUGGAGGUCUCCGCCGAUCGUAUGAAAUAUUAAUCCAUGACAAUUCUAUAUCUAAAAAAAAAACACCACCCAGGGCACUCCCGCCACCCCGAACCUGCCGAAUCGUUUCGCGGGACCCUGCAAACUGCUGGCCUUCGGGAUGAUCAUGAUUCUCAUCGAGAACACGCAGGCGCUCUGCUACGUUAUCGGGUGGGACGUAUCGCCCAGGUACAAACGAGGUUACUGCUUUAUUGAAAACUUGUGAAGAUGCAGAUAACCACGCAGCACCCCCUUGCUAGUACACAUGCAAGAUAUAAUUUUUCUUAGCUGAGUCGAUCAAUCUUCACGAAAUUAUAGGUACGAGUCCGUUACUGACCCGGUGACGGGAGACUCGCACCGGGAGCGGACCGCCGCUUACUGGACCGUUGUGAUCACGAGCUUUAUCGGUAUGGUGUCCGCCGUGUCCGCGUUUCUGUGGUACUUUCAACUGUCCCGCUACUACGCCACCAAAGACCGGCUCUAUGGCGCCGGGGGCGGAACAAACACCCCGAAACAACACUCCUGGUCCUACACGGAAAAUAGUAACUGCGACGACGUGGAAAGCGGUUCUUGUAACAGCGGUGGCAACAGGUCGGCGUCCGCGGGAACUUGCUCGUACGUCAACAACGUGAAGGUCUGACAUUAAGCUUAUGUAUGGCACCUUCUUUUAAUAUUGUCCCAGCGCCAGCCUGUCAGUCGAUACGAAAGAGGACCUAGUAGUACCUCGUUCCACUUUGCUACACGAGACUGUAACGAACAGGCAGGUUGUACUGGUACAGGAGGAGCCGCUGCGACAAUCUGUUACUAUUAUUUCACCACCCACUCUACUCAUAUAUAAAUUCUGUGUUGCUUCUAGAGCCACAGCCACUACGCUGGUCAGUGACAGCUAUAUGUUCUUUAUCUUUUGUGAUGCUUUUCUCGCCUUGUUUUCUCGUCACAAGGCUUUGCAGAGCGGAUUUAUUGUGUACCUCAUCGGCCUAGCUGCACACAGAACAACAACAAAUAGUUAUCCCGAAAAAUAACGUGGUCCACAGUGGAAGUUUUUUUUUGCACUCAACGCCGCGAGCGGAGUAGGCAAAAUUCCAAGAGAGAAACUCUGUACAGGAAUUAUCUGUAAAGUGGUAUGUGCAGUGUGAUUUUUGCGAUUAGUAGGCGAUUAUAGCGAUAGAAUUUACUUGAGCAAGGUACUAUGGUUUAUUUCGUAGAUCAUCGAGCAUUUUUGUUCUGCGACUAUAAAAAAUCCUGUGACUGGCGUCUCUGCGCUUGCACUUUUCAAUGAAGCCUCUUUCUUCAUGUUCGGGCUUUUUUUGAAAAGACAGCCGGCGUGCACUCAGACGGCCACGAUUUUUUUUCACAAGUUUACCUCUGUAGUUUUUCUACAACGCAUCAAACUGCUCACGUUUGCGGCACUUCCGGCACGGAGUUUCAGUGCUGUGCUUACCCUGUGGUCCACGUGGUUGAUUUCGUACUUUUCGUAUUAUCCACCCUGCCCUCAAAGAAAAUUCGAGACGAAAUUGAGCCCUUCGAAGUGGAGGUAGAUUUUCACUGGAUUUAUUCCUCUUCGAAGGUCAACUACAUAAGUGAAGAUUGUUAUAGUGAAUUCACUGGACGACGACACGACGACCAGGCGGAUAUUACCUUGUCUCUAUUGCCAGAUUUUAACAACAUCAGUUGCCUUUCAUUGUAAAUAGACCCAUAUUUUACAGCACGUAUUUCCUACUUUUGAUCACUUCCUUGAAAAAAUCAAACAUCGUCAGGAGGCAAGGCGCGCAUCGUACAAGCGUCGCAAAUUAAU